AGAGAUGGAUCGCGUCGCGUUCCGUCAGCGCGGCAACCACCUCCGGCGUGGCGCUAUAAAUCGCCGGUCGGAGAUAGAUAGGCGUCGCUUGCAAGCUCCCAACUCCUCCUCUCCUCCUCGUAGCGACCACCGAGAAAGCAACAGCGGAGCCAAAGGCGAGAUCUUUGGAGCCUCCGCCGGAGCGGGGAACCACCGGGGACGCGCGCGCAGGAGCCAUGGCGGCGGCGAAGGGGAGGACGGAGAUGGAGGUCGGGGCCGACGGCGUGGCUGUCAUCACCAUCUGCAACCCACCCGUCAACUCGCUCUCCAUCGACGUAUUGCUAAGCUUAAAGGAAAACUAUGCUGAAGCUCUUCGGAGGAAUGAUGUAAAAGCCAUUGUUGUUACAGGGAAAGGAGGAAAGUUUUCUGGAGGAUUCGAUAUUUCUUCCUUUGGUAGUGUUCAGGGUGGCAAAGUUGAACAGCCAAAGGUUGGUUACAUAUCAAUCGAUGUUAUCACUGAUACCCUAGAAGCUGCAACAAAGCCAUCGGUAGCUGCAAUUGAUGGUCUUGCUCUUGGUGGAGGAUUAGAAGUUGCCAUGGCAUGCCAUGCACGCAUUUCAACUCCCACGGCUCAACUAGGACUUCCGGAACUUCAACUUGGCGUCAUUCCUGGAUUUGGAGGAACACAACGACUCCCGCGUCUUGUUGGACUGACAAAAUCACUUGAAAUGAUGCUGCUAUCUAAGCCAAUUAAGGGUGAAGAGGCACACCAAUUGGGUCUUGUUGAUUCCUUGGUCUCUGCUGAUGAUUUGGUUAAUACUGCUCGUCGUUGGGCUUUGGAUAUCUGCGAAUUGAAAAAGCCAUGGAUCAAAAGUCUUUAUAAGACUGACAGGCUAGAACCACUCGGUGAGGCUAGGGAGAUUCUCAAGUUUGCAAGAGCUCAAGCUCGAAGGCAGGCUGCCAAUCUUGAGCAUCCACUUGUUUGUAUUGAUGUCAUUGAAGAAGGUAUAGUUUCGGGACCUCGAGCUGGGCUCUGGAAGGAAGCAAAUGCUUUCCAAGGCCUUCUUUUCUCAGAUACAUGCAAAAACUUAGUUCAUGUGUUCUUUUCUCAACGGGCAACAUCAAAGGUUCCUGGUGCAACAGACUUGGGAUUGAUGCCUAGGAAAAUAACUAAAGUUGCCAUUCUAGGUGGUGGACUUAUGGGUUCAGGAAUUGCAACCGCAAUGAUACUAAGUAAUUAUCCUGUUCUACUCAAAGAAGUAAAUGAGAAAUUUCUAAAUGCUGGAAUUGACAGAAUUAAAGCCAAUUUGCAGAGUCGUGUGAGGAAAGGGAAAAUGACUGAGGAGAGAUAUGAGAAGGCUAUCUCGCUCGUAACGGGCACCCUUGAUUAUGAAAGGUUCAAAGGCGUGGAUUUAGUUAUUGAGGCUGUUAUUGAGAACGUGAAAUUGAAACAGCAAAUAUUUGCUGACUUGGAGAAAUACUGCCCCUCCCAUUGUGUUCUUGCUACUAAUACAUCCACAAUUGAUCUUAAUCUAAUUGGAGAGAAGACAAAUUCCAAAGACCGUAUUGUUGGUGCACACUUCUUUAGCCCUGCACAUGUAAUGCCACUUCUUGAAAUAGUCCGCACUCAGCAUACUUCGCCACAAGUAGUUGUUGAUUUGCUCGAUGUUGGGAAGAAAAUUAAGAAGACGCCAAUAGUGGUUGGGAACUGUACUGGUUUUGCAGUCAACAGGAUGUUCUUUCCUUACACUCAGUCAGCACUCCUGUUUGUUGAUCUUGGUAUGGAUGUGUACAAGAUUGACCGUGCAUGCACCAAAUUUGGAAUGCCCAUGGGCCCAUUCAGACUGGCAGACCUUGUUGGUUUUGGUGUUGCUGUGGCCACUGGUAUUCAGUACCUUGAGAACUUCCCAGAGAGGGUCUACAAGUCAAUGUUGAUUCCUCUUAUGAUGGAGGACAAAAGGGCAGGUGAAGCCAGUCGGAAGGGCUUUUACAAGUAUGAGGACAAGAGGAAGGCGAUUCCUGAUCCAGAAAUUAUGAAAUAUAUUGAAAAAUCUAGGAGCAUGGCUGGAGUCAAACCAGACACUGAGUUGAUGAAGCUAAGUGAGAAGGACAUAGUUGAGAUGGUUUUCUUCCCAGUUAUAAAUGAGGCCUGCCGUGUUCUAGAUGAGGGAAUUGCUGUCAAGGCUUCUGACCUUGACAUUGCCUCAAUUUUCGGCAUGGGAUUCCCACCGUACAGGGGAGGAAUCAUGUUCUGGGCAGAUUCCAUUGGUGCGAAGUACAUCCAUGACAAGUUGGAGAAGUGGGCGAAGCAGUAUGGCAAUUUCUUCAAGCCUUGUUCCUACCUUGCAGAAAGAGCGGCAAAAGGAGUUGCUCUGAGUGCACCAGCAAAUCAAAUGAAGUCCCGACUAUAGAUAAGCGCCUUGCUUUCCUUUCAACUGAGGAAACCAUAGCGAAUAAAUAGAACACACGAUAAUGAGGCAUUCGUGAUCUGUGUAGAAUAGUCCAGCGAAUAAUAAUUAGAUUAGGGUUCUUGAGUUAAGUGUAAUCUGUACAAUGCCUCUCCAAGUUCUUGAACCAGUACUGCCACCGUCUUUUGAACUCACACGUUCUUUGAAGUGUUUCUUAUGAUAAGCAUGCUUAAAUACAGUGGAUGUUAAUCAGGUU